AUGUUCUUCAUCAAUUUACACAAAUCUUUGGAGAUAUUUUUGAUGAUUGAUCCAAAAUAUAUCAUUCUUUUAUCAUUUAUAUGCUUAACACAUUUCAGUAGUCUAAUGUUUAGUCAUGCAUCAACUGAAUCAUGGUAUAUAAGAUCACGUAAGGGUGUUGCAGCUAAUGUUGCUGCAUCGGCUUCAUCAAAAACACAACCAGUGCCCAUAUCAACUCAAUUAACGACAAGCGGUCGUGCUUCAACGUUUUCAUAUGAUGAACCCCAAUUUACAAUAAGUGAUUCGAAUCUUCGGAGUGGUUCAUUUACAGCAGAAGAAAAGCUGGUAGCUCAACUACUGAAUCGAGGGAGUUUAACUGUCCGACCAAAUGGUUAUAUGAAUCAGUCUACAAAUCCUGUACACGUUAAUAUAACAUAUAAUGUUGUGCAGAUUCUUGGAUUUGUAGGUUUAUUUUUUGUGUAUUUUAUGGUCAUUAAUGCUGUAGAAAAUUUUGUUCACAAAUUCUUGGAUAGACGGAUAGAUACAUUAAUAGAAAAUGCUUUAAGAGUUCUCACUAUACCAUCAAGAUUUGAUUAUAAUGUUGAGAUCGAGUAA